CUCCGGAGCCAUUGCGUCGCGUCGCACCAUCCUUCGUCAUGUCGAUACCUCGUACUUUCUCCCGCAGUCUAAGUCGCUGUCGAUCGUGUAACAGACCCUCAACCCCGCGCGUUACUACCACGACUGCUGCUGCACCGUUCCAACGAUCCUUCACAUCCACUUCCAGACAGAAAGCAGACGCGAACAACGGAGCUGCUGCUUCCCACUCUGAUGCCCAACUUCAGGAUGAUGUCUGCAAUGCCUCCUCGACUACAUCGAGUGAAGGACUUCUCUCCGACCAAGCAACAACUACAGUCUCUGCGACACAAUCAUCUUCCCCUCCAUUGCCAUGGUAUCUCCAAAACCGCCCGGCCCCUGCCCCUCAGCAAGCCGCCCUGAUUCCCGAUCUUCCUACCAACCCACCGCCUCUUCUCGCUACGUUGCUCGAUUAUAUAGCGAAUACAGCCGGUCUUGACGAUAUCCAACUCCUUGAUCUUCGCCACCUCGACCCACCCCCGGCGCUGGGCAACAAACUCAUCAUGCUCAUCUGCACUGCACGGUCGGAGAAGCAUCUGCACGUCUCUGCAGACCGUAUGUGUCGUUGGCUGCGGCGUGAGCAUGGGCUCCGUGCCAACGCCGCAGGGUUGCUGGGACGUAACGAGUUGAAAAUCAAAUUACGACGCAAAGCCAAGCGCAUGAAGAUGAUGGCCAACGUUGGCGCUACCGAGUCGGAAGGCAACAUUGAUGACGGUAUCCGUACGGGAUGGAUUUGCUGUACUAUAGGGAAGAUUGAGGCGCAUCCGCUCGACACAGAGAUUCCAGGGGACAAUGUGGAAGGGUUUGUAGGAUUCAGCGAGGUCAAACCUGGCGUGAACGUUGUAAUCCAAAUGUUCACCGAGGAAAAGCGCGACGAAACGGAUCUGGAGACGUUGUGGGGUGGCGUCGUAAGGACAGGAGCUAGAAAAGACAGGGUGGCCGACGAAAUGCUACAAGAAAUCCAAGAAGUUGUCCAAGAGGUCGAUGCUGCGCAGGAUCGCGAGCAAUAUGGUGAACCAGAUGAAGUCGACCAUAAACUUUUUGGAAAUUCUUCUGCGACCACGGAGCCCGCUGAAUCCGCCUCUACACCACCCACACAACCCAAGACCACUUCAUAUUCCUUCAACACUACAACAUCGUCGACCGGCGACGCUUUCCCGGACUUAACAUCCUUCCCUUCAAGACAGAGACGCCGAUUUCACACGGUCGGACUCCGCACGUAA